GCAUUGAUCGUCACCUGAGAAGGAUGAUUUUAUUGAAGUUCCACGCUUCUUCCAUCCCCAAAAGAUCCCAAAUCUUUGUCAGAUCCCUGAGUGGGAAGUGUUUCAGUGAUAUUCCUGGUCCUAGAGGAUUUACCGCUCUCAGCAGAGUUUUGAGGGGACUUUUUGGAGGCACUUCCGACCUCGAUGCUCUGCAUUUGGCGGGAUUUCAAAAGUAUCAGCGCUUCGGGAAGAUUGUGAGAGAAACUCCUCUUCCGGGAGUCAAUGUUGUGUGGCUCUUUGACCCAGAUGAUAUUGCCAAGGUGCUCAGUGAUCAUGGUAAUGGGAAUUAUCCGCAGAGAAGGAGUCACUUGGCUCUGGAGAAGUAUAGGAACGAUCGCCCGGAGAUCUAUCGAACUCCGGGACUACUUCCCACAAACGGUGAAACGUGGUGGAAGUUGCGCUCGCAAGUACAGAAGAAUCUCAGUUCUCCCCAAACUGUUAAAAAAUUCUUGGUGGAAAUUGAUGUUAUCACGAGGAACUUCCUGGAACAUCUGAGUCCGGACCAAGCGAUGAAAGAUUUGCUCCCUGAACUUUCACGCUUAAAUUUGGAGAUUAUUGGUUUCCUGGCCUUCGACACUCGUCUUAAUAGUUUCAGUGUUGAAGAACGUUUGCCAAAUUCGAGAUCUUCUCGUCUGAUAGAAGCUGCUGAAGAUUCCAACAGUUGCAUUUUGCCUCUUGAUCAGAAUCUUCCUCUGUUCAAACUCUUUGAGACUCCUCUCUAUCGACGUUUUAGACUGUCUCAGGAAUAUCUUGAGAAAGUAGCACUAGAAAUGGUUAAGUAUAAAGUGUCCAGUUUUGAUAAGAAAAAUUCUAAUGACAAUAAGAAAUCUCUAAUUGAAGAGUAUCUCCAGAAUGAUAAUCUUGAGAUUCGAGAUAUUGUGGGCAUGGCUGCUGACUUCUUUUUGGCGGGAAUCGAUACAACUACCUAUACCACGAGCUUUCUUCUGUAUCAUCUCUCCAGUAAUCCCAGAGUGCAAGAAAAACUUUUCACUGAAUGUCUCAAAGUGCUUCCGGAAGUGAAUUCCAAUAUUUCUGAAAGUGUCCUACAGGAGAUUCCCUUUGCUAGAGCUGUUCUCAAGGAAUCCCUUCGUUUGAACCCUGUUUCUGUGGGAGUGGGGCGGCUUUUGGCUAAAGACACUCUCCUGUCUGGCUUUGUGGUGCCCCAAGGCACCAUCAUCGUGACGCAAAACUUGAUUUCUUGCCGGCUUCCCAUUCACUUCCACCAACCUGAAUAUUUCCUGCCAGAGAGGUGGCUCAAGACAACCCGCAAUUCCACACCCCAUUCCCACCUGGUUUUGCCCUUUGGGCAUGGGAUGAGGUCAUGCAUCGCCAGACGACUGGCGGAACAAAAUAUGUUGCUUCUAAUGAUCAGGCUGGUGAGGAAGUACAAAUUGGAGUGGAAAGGUACCGCUAAACUGGAUUUUCAAACAAAACUCGUCAAUAAGCCCUCAAGCCCCAUCCAAAUCCAUCUCAUCGAGCGCUCUAGGAAGUGACAACAAAUUGAGGAAAUUGUGGUCGAAGGUCACCCAAAUACCUGAGUCCCCUCAAGCAUUUUGCAACAUGCAUUCCACAAAAAUAACUCAUGGGUUUCGAUGGGAAUUUCUGUACACAAUUUUACUGUUAAAAUUAAAAUAUUGUAAAAAAGAGUACAAUUCAUUGAAGAAAGGCUGCUUCACGGCUAAUCUGAAGAAUAGUUUAUGAGGACUGGAUAUCCUUGGGAGUCCACGUAGUUGAAGGAGCCCUUCUCGAUCAACAGCUUCCCAUCGCGUACCACAGUUUGACCUCCAAUCUCUACGAAAUUGUAGCCUCCCGGGGGAGCUUUUUCAACACUGAAAAGUAUAGAGAUGAUAUAUAAAAUCUUCAAUCGGGAUAACUCAGAAGUACCUUCUAGAAAUUGUAUAAUUUAAGACCUUUUUUUGGAUAAUAAAAUUUUCUUCUAAAAAUUCUAAACCUAAUAUGAUUAAAUCUUCUAAUUUGGUUUUCUAAGUAAAUUUUUGAUCAAAGUUAUAUCAUAAUAAAAACCAUUAAUAUCAAAGCUUGUUUUUUAAAUUAAUUUUUAAUGAUUGAAUUCUAACCUAAAAAAAUUACAUUCCGUGACUAUUUAAAAAAAUGUCCGGCUUGUUUGUAUAAAAUCAAUAAAAAAUGGAAAAUUUUUGAAUUCGUGAACUUCAUUUCUUAGCUAUUCAAAAACGUUUUUGGAUAAAUGUGAGGUUAUAUUGUAUCUAACCUCAAAUAUCAAACAAGAUUUUGAAAAGUAGAUUAUUCUAAUUUUACUUACUAAAUACUUUCAAAAAUUCCAGAAAUAAAAGUAAAUGUUUUCGCAUGAUUUUACUUUUUCAACUGUCUCAAAUUAAAAAAAAAAUGAAAAAUCCUAACCUAAAAAGACUUUGAGGUUACGAUUUUGAAAUAAUUUAAAAUAUUAGCAUUAGGCUAUAAAAGUCAAUGAAAUUAUUUUAUUUGCUCUUAAAAUUCUCCAUUUAUAAUAAAAACGAGAAUCUUAGGUGUUUUUGUGAAUUAAUUUCACAUGUUGCAAUUAUCUUUGGUUAGGCCCAACAUAACCACAAUUUUCUAAUGACCUCUUUAAAAAUUAAGAGAAUAACUGUGUUAUCACACUUGCACAUUAAAAUUUUAAUAUAAUUCAGAUUAAUUGUCGCUGGUGAGAGUCCAAAUGUGUAAUUUGUGUGUUUGAAUCAUUUUAUAUUCAAAAUUUGAUCUAUUUGUUGAUAACAAGAUAGACUUGGCCCGCAAAAUUUGAUAUAAAUUGAUUUAUAGCAUUAAUACGAAAAAUUAAUUCGAUUUUCUCUUUAAUUUCUUAAUGUGAAAAAUAUUUAUGCUUUAGGUAAAUUUAAACUUAUUUUUGCAGAUCAAGUCCACUUCUUUAUCAAUAAACAGAAAAAUCCCAAAUAUUAAGUGAUUCAAAGACACAAAUAGCAUAUUUGGACGCUCACAAGCGACAAUUAAUGUGAAUCACAUUAAAAUUUUAAUGUGCAAGUGUGAUAACGCCGUAAGACACACUGUUUCUCAACUGAUAAGUAAAAGAAUUUUACAAAGUCAGUUAUUCACAACAUUUGAAAUAUUUGUUUCAAAUUUUUAAAAGUUGAAGGCAACGAUUUUAAGAAAGAUUUAUUAUAAAAUGCUUAAUCAACUGAAACCUAAGAAACAUGAAAUAUUCUUGUCUUAAGUUUUAUACAAAAAAAGUUUUAAUUCUCGAAAUUAAAAAAAAAACGUUUUGAAGAACAGAAUGCUUCUAUUUUAAAUUGUUAAAAUAAUAAAAAAAAGAAAAUAAAAAAUAAUUAUCCAAAAGAGAUUUAUUAUAAAAUGUUUAAUCAACUGAGACCUAAGAAACAUGAAAUAUUCUUGUCUUAAGUUUUAUACAAAAGAAAAUUGUUUUAAUUCUCGAAAUUAAAAAAAAAAACGUUUUGAACAACAGAACACUUCUAUUUUAAAUUGUUAAAAUAAUAAAAAAAGAGAAAAUAAAAAAUAAUCACCCAAAAA